UGAUAGGCUCGUUCCGUGCCUAUCAUUUCAACCAUAUGUUGGGUGUUAAUUGUCUAAUUUUUAUAAUUGAUAAGAUGAUUAUUGGGGGUUUUGAGUGAAAAUUUGCUAUUUUUAUGUCCCGAUGGCAUUCAUAUUCAGUAUAAUAUUUUUCUACACAAUUUAACAUUUUUGGAGUAAUUUGAUUGUAAAGUUACAUGUUAUUAGCGGGUGUGGUGAGUUGUUAUUGUAUAGGCCGAGUUUGCGUGAAUAAUACAUUAUGUUUGGACUGGAUCAUUGGCGGUUUGCUUUAGAAGUUAUCAAGUGCAAUCCAAAAAGAAAAGGAAAAAAAAGAACAGCAGCCCAAAAGAAGAAAAAAAACCGGAGCACCGUUCUUUUUACUUGGCAGCAGCCGCACCAAGAGGGAUUUUAGUUCUUUUCUGUUUUGGAGAAAUCAGCCGCAGGAGACUCCAUUCUUUCCGUUCGUUAGCACUUAGCCGCAGCAAGUAUUUUUCUUCUUCUUUUGGAAUUAGCCAUAGCAGCAGGAAAGAACCCAGGAGGUUUCUCAACUUCACUUUUCUUUAAUUUCUCUCAAUUCAAUUUAGAUUCCAAGUGAUGAUUGUAAGUUUGGACAUGUUUCACAUUACCAAUUCUUGAAUUUAGAUUGAUUUCGAAUCUCUUUGGCUCUAAUUAGCAAUUUCAGUUUUUUUUUCCCCCAAUUUAAUACUCGUAGUUCAAUUUUUAUUUCUAGCUGCUUAUCAUGUUUAUCAAUGUUAUUGCGAUGUUAGUUUUAAUUAUGAGAAGCUAAUUUCCUAUAGGGUUUGAAUUGGGGCUAGGGUUCAUGGGUUCUUAAGGGUGUGAAUUUAGUUUUUAAGAUUCAAUUAAUUUUCUGGAAAAUUGUAUAAGAUUAAUCAUAAUUGCCUAUAUGAAUUUGAUCACCUCAUAUAUGAAUUUCUGGAUUUAAUUCAAUUCUUGUCUAUGAGAAUUUGAGUUAAAUUAGCUCGGAUCUUAUACAAGCAAUCUGAUCUUAGAAAUAAGUUAGGAUUGUGAUAUUUUGAUCUGAUUCUUGUCUAUGAGAAUUCAUUUCAUUUUCUUUCCAGAAAUAAUAAUUGAAAAUUAAUUUACUUAAUUCAAAUCCCGAAAGAACACCCAGAACCCGAACCAUCCAAUUUGAACCCUGUUUUAAUAUUCUGAAUCAAUUUACUUAUUUUUUUUCAUCUAUUUAUUUUUGCACUUGCUUUUAGUUAAUUUUUUUAAUCACCAAAAAAAAAAAUUAUUCGGAAAGAUUACCAUGACUUGUACUAGCCUGUGAUCACGGACUGUAUUUAAAACUUCCUUUUUGCCACUCCUUGAGAGACGAUACUCGUGGUCUGGUUAUUCUUCGGAUUAGCCAACUACGUUUUACUUCACUAAAAAAAACACCGAUCAAAUGGCGCCGUUGCCGGGGAGUGGCACGGUUGUUUGUUAAGUACUUUUUGUGGAAUAGGUAAAAGCAAGUCGGUGAGACUUUCUAUUUUUUUUCCUGUUAUUUUUUUUUUGUCGUUUUUGGUGUUCUUUGCACGUGAAUUAAGCUGCAGGAACCGGUGUAUGCACACACGUGCUCGGGGAACUGAAGGCUUGAUCCCAUUGAAUCCAAACCCCGAGAGUAUUUUGAGAAGAAGAAAAGGAAGGUCAAGAAACAUGGCCGGAGAACAACAGCCCGCAAGGAGGACAAUGUAUGAACAAAUUACUCCGCAAUUUGCAGAGGUUGAUGGAAUAACCAUGCCGGGCAUUGAAGCUGCAAAUUACCAACUAUCUCCCGGAUUAAUCAAUCUAGCCCAGAGUAACCAGUUCGGAGGGAUGAGACAUGAAGACGCCCAGACACAUAUGCGUUGGUUCAACCGUCUCUGUCGGACUUCCCGAAUCAAUGGAGUUUCUGAAGCAGCUAACAAACUACUUUUGUUCCCAUUCACUCUAAGGGACAAGGCGCAACACUGGCUCGAUAGCCACACUUUUGCCACCUGGGAUGAAUUAUACCAAGCUUUCAUGAAACAGUACUGCCCAGCAUCCGCAGGAAUCAAAGCCAAGGCAGCCCUCCAGAACUUUAGGCAAGGGAGGAACGAGACAUUGAGUGAGGCAUGGGAGCGGUACAAGGAGCUCCGAAUUAACUGUCCAUCCAACAUCAUGGAGAGCAUGGACACCAUAUUUCACUUCUACAAUGGGUUGUCCAUUGAGAGCAAAAAGGAGUUGGAUUACUCUUCUAAAACAGGUUCAAUCCUAAGGCUAACAUCAGAAGAAGGUGAAGAACUGAUAGAGACUAUUACCUCAAAUGAGAGGUACUGGUAUGAUGAGCGAAGUGAAAGAGCGCCACAGAAGGCAGGAUUAUAUGAGGUUGAUUCUAGUACAGCUGCUGCCGCAAAACUAGAUGCUCUUGUCCUAAAGUUUGAGAAACUCUAUGAAGCUCAGGCGCAGAACCAAUACCAAGGUGGCCAGGGGAUGAACCAGAGGAGUGUUCGACCAAUGCCAAACCAGAAUCCAGUGAGAGACAUGGUGCUUUCGUGUGAUCAUUGUUUCGGAGCCCACCUGACCAAUUCAUGUCCUCAAUUCUUUGAAGAGCCCAUUUCACCUCAAGAAGUAAAUCUUAUGGAGUAUGCUAAGAAAGGAGAGGGUCCACUAGCACCUCAAUACCAAGGAAACCGGGGUAACUUUGCUGGCUACAACAACCAGAGGAAUAAUUUUCAGAGUGGUGCAAACCAGUGGAGAGAUAAUAACCGCCAGGGUGGGUACCAACGAGGCCAAGGAAGUGGCAGCAACCAGCCUUAUGUGCCCCCACAUAUCAGGCAACAAGAUAAUUCAGCUCAUUCCCAACUAGAUUUGGUGCUUGCAGAGCUGACACGGGCUAGAGAAGAAAAUGAAUUAAGAGAUAAAAGAGCAAGAGAGGAAAAGAUUUUGAUGGAGCAGCGGUUGAGGAACCUUGAGAUGCAACAUGAGCAGCGAAUGCGGGAACUAGAGAACAGACUCUUUGGAGGUCCUUCAGGGAGGCAGUCUGGAAGCCUUCCCAGCACUACAGAGCCAAACCCAAGAGAGCAUGUGAAUGCAAUAAAUCUGCGAAGUGGGAAGCAAGUUCCUGAACCAAUGGUGGAUGCGAAGGAGAGCCAAGCCAAGAAUGUUCCUAGCUGUCCAGGAAAGAGUGCAGAGCCAGUCAAAGGCCCAAAACCUAUUCAAAGACAAUCUGAAGAUGAACUAGAGUUCAAUUCUGAACAGUCGGGCCAGCGAGAGGGCAAGGCAAUCAUCGAGCCGAAUACACUCCAACAAGAGGCCAAGAGGGCUAAUGCACCAGUUGUUCCAUUCCCUGCUCGUGUCAAGAAGGGCGAGGACCGCAAGAGAGAAUACAAGUUUAUGGAGAUGAUUAGCAAACUACAUGUGGAGAUGCCGCUCACAGAAGUACUUGCAGAGAUGCCUAAAUAUGCAAGGUUCCUGAAGGACUUAAUCACCAACAAAAAGAGGCUAGAGGAGUACUCUGUGGUUGACCUAAAUGCAGAGUGCUCAGCUGUGGUGACAAAGAUGAUGCCGGAAAAGCUCAAGGAUCCAGGUUCUUUCAUUAUACCUUGUUCUAUUCAUGAUUAUGUUUUUAAAAAUGCACUAGCUGAUCUAGGAGCCAGCAUCAACUUGAUGCCGGCUUCUCUUGUUGAUAAGUUGGGACUGGGUGGAAUGAAACCCACUAGGAUGUGUCUUCAAUUAGCUGAUCGCUCUGUUAAGUAUCCAAGUGGUAUUAUUGAGGACGUCCUAGUCAGGGUUGGUGAGUUUAUUUUUCCUGUAGAUUUUGUCGUUAUGGAUAUAGAGGAGGAUCGUGGUACCCCUCUUAUUUUAGGGCGGCCUUUCUUGGCCACUGCCCGUGCUGUUAUUGAUGUGUCUGAUGGUUCAUUGACUCUGAGAAUUGGAGAGGACACUUGUACUUUUCGACUCUCAGAAGUUAUGAACCACCCCGAGGCACAAACUGAGAGCUGUAAUUUUCUUCAUAUGUAUGAGUGCAUUGAGGAUUAUUUAUUUGGGGGCCAGGGUGAGAGUGAUUAUUCUGAUGAUACUGCAUGUGGUGAGGUCUUAGAUGUGGGUAUGUGUGAUGAUGAAAUGUUAUCUCAUGAACUUAAAUGCUCUGUUGAUGAUUUGCUAGGAGAAGCCUCUCAAGAGGUUUCAGGUAGUACUGUUGUUGAUACACCCCCAUGUGAGCAGUUUUCUGAGCUUAAAAGGCUCCCAGAACACCUACAGUACGCUUCAUUGGAUGAUGAGGGCAAACACCCCAUUAUCAUUGCUUCUGAUUUAGAGAGAGAUGAAAAAGAUAAGGUUGUGUCCUUGCUUAGGCGGCGUGAAGGGGCCAUUGCCCUCACGUUAGGGGAUAUUAAGGGGAUCGAUCCUACCUUUUGCACACAUAGGAUUAGCAUUGAGGAAGGCUUCAGCCCGACAGUGCAACCACUGCGCAGGUUGAACCCUAAUUUGAAGGAGGUUGUGAGAACCGAGAUUUUGAGGCUUUUAGAUGCAGACAUUAUAUACCCAAUUUCUGAUAGUAGUUGGGUGAGUCCUAUUCAUAUGGUUCCUAAGAAAGGGGGAAUGACUGCUGUUGAGAAUGACAAAGGGGAGUUAAUACCUACUCGCAUUGUGUCAGGGUGGCGGAUGGUGAUUGAUUACCGAAAACUAAAUGAUGCCACCUGGAAGGACCACUUCCCUUUGCCAUUUAUUGAUCAGUUAGUUGAGAAUUUAGCAGGGCACGGGUAUUAUUGUUUCUUAGAUGGGAUGAGUGGGUACUUUCAGAUUCAUGUAGACCCUAGAGAUCAGGAGAAGACCACAUUUACUUGUCCCUUUGGCACUUUUGCUUUCCGUAGGAUGCCCUUCGGUUUGUGUAAUGCUCCUGCUACAUUUAUGCGUUGUAUGCUAGCCAUUUUUGACAGGUUUAUUGGAGAUUUCAUGGAAGUAUUUAUGGAUGAUUUUUCUGUGUUCGGUGAUACUUUUGACUCUUGCUUAACUAACCUUGACAGGGUGCUUGCUAGAUGUGAGGAGACCCACUUGGCCUUAAGUUGGGAGAAAUGCCACUUUAUGGUCAGGGAGGGCAUUGUUUUAGGGCAUAAGGUUUCUGAAAAGGGAAUUGAGGUUGAUAAGGCGAAGGUUGAGGCUAUAGAGAAACUUCCGUAUCCAACCACAGUAAAAGCCAUCCGUAGCUUUCUUGGGCACGCUGGCUUUUACCGCCGGUUCAUACAGGAUUUCUCUAAGAUUGCCCGACCUUUGACUAAUCUUUUAGGGAAAGAUGUACCUUUUGAUUUUUCACCUGAUUGUGUUGUUGCUUUUGAUACUUUGAAAAGGAAAUUGACUGAGGCUCCCAUUCUUGCUACACCCGAUUGGUCUUUACCUUUCGAGAUAAUGUGUGAUGCUAGCGAUCAAGUGGUUGGGGCUAUCCUGGGUCAAACCAAGGAUAAGCACUUUCGCCCUAUCUACUAUGCUAGUAAGACUUUAGCGGGGCCUCAGCUCAAUUAUACCACUACUGAAAAAGAGUUUUUGGCUAUUGUGUUUGCUUUGGAGAAAUUUAGACCCUACAUCAUUCUUUCUAAGGUAAUUGUCUUCACUGACCAUGCGGCUUUGAGGUAUUUACUUCAGAAGAAUGAUGCAAGGCCUAGGCUUCUCCGCUGGAUUCUUUUGUUGCAGGAAUUCUAUGUGGAGAUCAAGGACCGAAAGGGGACCGCUAACCAAGCAGCAGAUCAUCUAUCUAGACUAGAGACUGAAGUGGUGGAGACAUUCAAAAAGUUUGAGCUUGAAGAGACUUUUCCAGAUGAGAGGCUUCUCGCCAUUCAGCACAGUUCAAAGAUGCCUUGGUAUGCAGAUCUUGCUAACUUUCUUGUGGGCAAAGUUGAACCUGCCGGGAUGUCUCGCCACAUGAUUAAGAGAUUGAAGUCUGAAGCCAAGCAUUACUUCUGGGAUGAUCCAUACUUGUUCAAAAUUUGUGCUGACCAAGUUGUGAGAAGAUGUGUACCUGAACAAGAAGGAAAGGAGAUUCUAAUGCAUUGUCAUACUGGACCCACAGGAGGUCACUUCUCAGGAGAGAGGACUGCCAGGAAAGUUCUCGAUUGUGGAUUCUACUGGCCCACCAUUUUUAAGGAUGCUCAUGCUUAUGUUUCAGCUUGUGAUCAGUGCCAGAGGACUGGGAACAUAUCCCGGAGGGAUGAGAUGCCACAACACUAUAUUUUGCCAUGCGAAGUGUUCGAUGUGUGGGGAAUUGAUUUCAUGGGCCCUUUCCCGAGUUCGAAAGGGAACAAGUUCAUAAUAGUUGCUGUUGAUUAUGUGUCCAAGUGGGUGGAGGCCCAAGCAUGUUCCACGAAUGACACAAGGGUGGUUGUCCGGUUCUUAAAGAAGUUAUUUGCACGAUUUGGUGUUCCCAGGAUCUUGAUCAGUGAUAGGGGCAGCCAUUUCAGAAGUGACGCUAUGGCCCGUAUCCUUCAGCGAUAUGGUGUUCAGCACAGAAGCGGAGUGGCCUACCAUCCCCAGUCUCAAGGUCAGGUUGAAAAUUCAAAUAGAGAAAUCAAGGCAGUAUUGGAAAAGACAGUUGGUCGGUCAAGAAAGGACUGGGCUGAAAAGCUUGAUGAUGCUUUGUGGGCUAUUCGAACAGCAUAUAAGACUCCUGUUGGCGCCACACCAUUCAGGUUGGUUUAUGGAAAAUCAUGCCAUCUUCCAGUGGAGGUCGAGCAUAAGGCAUUUUGGGCUCUGAAGAAUGUUGUAUUUGACCUUGAAGGGGCUGGAAAGGAGAGAUUUUAUCAGCUGAAUGAGCUUGAAGAGUGGCGUGCUAUGGCCUUCCACAACAACCAUUUGUAUAAGGACCGAGUGAAGCAAUAUCAUGAUAGGCACAUCAAGCAAUCCCGCGAGUUUAGAGUUGGAGAUCAGGUGCUGCUGUAUAAUUCUAGGUUGAAGUUGUUCCCUGGGAAACUGCGUUCCAGAUGGUCAGGGCCAUUUACUGUGACUGAGGUCUAUCCGUAUGGCACCAUUGAGUUGCAUGAUCCUGAAAAGGGAAACUUUAAGGUUAAUGGUCAUCAAGUGAAGCUCUAUUAUGGUGAGAAAGUGAGCACUGAAAGGGAGGUUCUUUAUCUUAAGGAGAUUAGCGGCUGAGCAUGAUCUAUUGUCAAGCUAGUGACGUUAAAGAAGCGCUUUCGGGAGGCAACCCACCAAAAAAAAAAAAAAUAGAAUUAGGAAGUUAUUUUUUUUUUUUUGCAUUUCUUUUCCCAUUUUUUUUGUUUUCAUCUUGUGGUGCUGUUGAAUUUCUUUGCUUUGAGUUAUUGAUAUGACAGGGAGUUCAUGGAUAGAUUUUGGAAGAAUUGCAGAACUAUAUUGAUGGAGUUCCUGAGGGCUACCUCCUGCAUUUUACCUCACAGUAGGCCGGAGAGCAGUAUAUGAGCUGGAUUCAGAUUUGAGACAUACACUAGCUCAAGAAGUGAAGUCACUGGGCAGCAAUUAACUAAGUGUUGGCAGGUUUUGGAUAGCACAUGCUGAUUUUUGAGGCUCAGAUUUGCACUUUCUUCACUUCAUUGUGAAGAAUAACCUCUGCAGUAACAUACAUAAUGCAAGCAACCACCGGGCAGCAGUCUGCACUUCUAAUUGGGAUGUGGGGCUGGUCGUGGCUUCAAGCAAUUGCAGGGUUAAUGUUGGAGACCUACAGUCCUACACAUGCUCAAGAAGCUGGGAUAUCUGGACAGAAACUUGGUACCCACAGAGGGAGAGAUUGACCAGCUGUUGGGAGGUUCAGGAUGGCAGUCACAUGCUGAUUUUUUUUAGGACCAGAGCAACUGCUCAUUGACAGUAGGCCGAAUGAACUAUUUCUCUGUCGCCAGGAGCAUCACAAUACAGGAGGGAUGGAACAGUUGGAUGCCACGCACUCUUAUCAGGUUCAGUUUCAAGGGAAGGAGCUUUAGUACAUUUACUGAGUUAUCUAGCCCGGCAUAUGUGCAUACAGAGGUUCCAGCAGCCUCCUUUAUGAUCAAUAGCAUACCUUGGGCCGAGAGCCUUCUGAGAAUGUCAUCCUACACAUAAGACACAGAUGCACGUACAUGUUAGUUUGAAAAGGUAGCAUCCAGUUCAGGAGCAAGUACGUGUGGCAGCAAUCCACACCUCACUUUCAGGUUAUGGCAGCUCUCUACACUUAGUUUGAAGUUGAGAGAUCUUCAGAUGCAUAUCGAGGCACUCAUGUGCAGAAUUUUCCAGCAUUUACGCAUCAAUAAGAGAGCUAUUUUAGCCUUAAGAUCUUGGUUCUAGGCACACUGCCCAAUUUUCUCACCACCAGAGAUUAAGGAGCUACCCGAUUCUCAGUUUUGAUGGAGGUUAUUCACCCCAGUUUGGCUUGUACGGUAUCCGCUAACUUUGCUACGCUGCUAAUAAUAGGUGUUUACUCUCAUAUUACUCCUUUGUUGAAUUGUGUUGAUUAUCAUUCUGAUUAUGAUGUGCUGCCGGGCUGAAAAUCAUUUUAUUCUUUAACUUGCCCCUGUUAUUUUUGUUUUAAUCUUUUCUUUGACCUCGAGGGCGAUGUCACCCCUAAGUGUGGGGAGGUUUGGUUUUAGCUUGGACAUGACAUUUGGUGAUGAAGUUAUUCUGCCCAAAAACAUUUUGAGGUGUACGAGCUCUUUUCUGGUUUAGCAACGCAACAGAGGUAACUUGUUAAUCUUUAUUUUCUUUUGUAAUCUUCCAUCUCCUCCAUCUUUCCUGGAAAGAAUUAGUAAUGGUGUAAACAUCGGGGUGGUGUGUAUAUUCUUGGGAAAUGUUGGCAUGUUGGAUGGUUUGAUUUGUGUUGAUUAAAUUCGGUUUUACUCGUGAUUCACUAGUUCGCUUCAAUAAUUGCUUGACUGGCCAGGGGUUGAAAAUCCUUACUCCAUUAGGAGCUCUGCUUUCUAAGCAUAUCGGGAUAACUUCAUGCUAAGCAGUUAACUGAUUCUUGUAAUGGGGUUACACUUCGUGUGUCGAGAAUUUCAUCCCCGAAAUGGGGCUCUGCUCAUCUCGCGAAUCACCUCGUGUGUGAGUUGAGUACACAGUAAUGAGAUAAACUCCCAGGCCCUAAAACUUGAAUCAGUCCUGUAAUCCAAAACCUGGUCAACUUUUCAUAUUAAAAAAAAAAAAGAGAGAGAGAGAGAAUCACAAGUAUACCGGUUUUUAUCACACAACUCUUGGGUUUUUGGAACGAUUGGUGGUUUGGAUUUCACACCUACACCGUUGGGACCAUCAUGCUUUUCUUUACAUUUUAGUCGGUUGGAGAGGGAUUUUACUUUUGAAAAUAGUGUUUAACAUGUAAAUCUUGGUUUCGUUGUUAAGGAAGAAAAGACCUUGUGCAGUCAUUUGUUUUGGGGUGUGAAUGAUUUCUGAACCAAGUGUUACAUGUGAUUAUUUUGUUUUCCGUGAGUUUAAUGCACUGUUGCUUGGGGGCAAGCAACGCUCAAGUGUGGGGAGAUUUGAUAGGCUCGUUCCGUGCCUAUCAUUUCAACCAUAUGUUGGGUGUUAAUUGUCUAAUUUUUAUAAUUGAUAAGAUGAUUAUUGGGGGUUUUGAGUGAAAAUUUGCUAUUUUUAUGUCCCGAUGGCAUUCAUAUUCAGUAUAAUAUUUUUCUACACAAUUUAACAUUUUUGGAGUAAUUUGAUUGUAAAGUUACAUGUUAUUAGCGGGUGUGGUGAGUUGUUAUUGUAUAGGCCGAGUUUGCGUGAAUAAUACAUUAUGUUUGGACUGGAUCAUUGGCGGUUUGCUUUAGAAGUUAUCAAGUGCAAUCCAAAAAGAAAAGGAAAAAAAAGAACAGCAGCCCAAAAGAAGAAAAAAAACCGGAGCACCGUUCUUUUUACUUGGCAGCAGCCGCACCAAGAGGGAUUUUAGUUCUUUUCUGUUUUGGAGAAAUCAGCCGCAGGAGACUCCAUUCUUUCCGUUCGUUAGCACUUAGCCGCAGCAAGUAUUUUUCUUCUUCUUUUGGAAUUAGCCAUAGCAGCAGGAAAGAACCCAGGAGGCCGGACUAUAGGCACCUUGACACCUUAACAGGCCGUCUGGCGCCUUAUUCAGUGGUAGAGCAAGACCGGCGGGGGUGCUCGUUCACGGUCCACGGAGAAGAUGGAGAAGAUACGGUGCCAGAGGAUCGGUUGCAACGCCGUCUUCUCGGAGGAUGACAAUCCAGAAGGUUCCUGCAUUUAUCAUGAUUCGCCUAUUUUCCACGACGGAAUGAAAGAGUGGAAUUGUUGCAAGAAAAGAAGUCAUGAUUUCAGCUUGUUUCUAGAAAUUCCUGGGUGUAAGACAGGAAAACACACAGCUGAAAAAACAGUUUUAACAAAGCCAGCUGCUGCUCCAAGCAGACCAUUUCCUGCUUCAACUCAAAUAGCAGAUGUAUCCCUCAAUGAAAAUUGUCCUAGGUGUCGCCAGGGUUUCUUCUGUUCAGAUCAUGGUUCUCAACCCGGACAGGUAAAUCCAAAAUCAUCAAAUACAGUAUCCACCACCUAUAGUGGAAGUGAUCAUGAUUUACAGGAGUGUCAUCCCACACCAAAGAAGAUAAUUGAUAUAAACGAGCCUCAAAUUUGUAAGAAUAAGGGAUGCGGUAAGACCUUCAGAGAGAAAGAAAAUCAUGACAAUGCUUGCAGUUACCACCCCGGGCCAGCUGUAUUCCAUGAUCGAAUGAGAGGGUGGAAAUGCUGUGAUAUUCAUGAAAAGGAAUUUGAUGACUUCAUGAACAUUCCACCUUGCACGAAGGGAUGGCACAGUGCUGAUCCAGCGACAUGAUUGGAAUGAAUGAUUUGAAAAUUUUCCAUUCUGUCAAUUUUGAUUCUGUAUGGAUUUUCUGAUCUAUUGUAGAGAAGCUGUUGCUCAAAUAUUCUUGGGGGUAAAAAAUUACAAUAAGGGUGUUAGGGGUAAAAAAUUAAGUUCACUCCUAUUUGGGGAAUAUUAGGAGUUAACUCCUAUUUAGGGAAAUGUGUUAUGUUUUACUCCUAUUGGGAGAUGAUAGAGUAUAUGAUGGGCUCACGCCCCAUGGCCCACAUACUCGGAAGGUCAAAACACUAGGAUAGCGCCCACGUGGCACCUUUCGGCCAGAGAGAAAAGUGUCCAGAAGGUCGCCUGAAGACAGUGGACCCUGCGUCGGCUAUGGACCGCGUCGGUCGGGUGCACGUGUCAGCCAGGGUCUUCCCCUGACAGAAUGUAUUUUCUUAUCUUGUUUGCUAAGUAUUGUACUCAGCCCAUUAAAGGCCAUAUUCCGCCCCAAAGAAGACAUGAUUAUUGUAAUGGGCCUCCUAAGCCCAAGGCUAGGAGCCCAAAUUCACAUUUACUCCUAUAAAUACUCCCCUUGGGGGUAGUUAUAAGGGUUGAGAAAUAUUAAUUGCUCAUUCUCUCUAAUUUUCAC